AUAUUUAGAUUUGUGUAUGUGUUCAAACGUAAAACUCUGCAUGUUACAAAUCCCGUCGCGCGGCGAUGGCGUCAGAACCGGAAGCGUGUGCUGUGCGCGCGUGCUGUGAUCCGAAUGAUUUCGGAGUUUAUGUUGGUGUGUGAUAUAUCCCAGUGUUUCCGUCGGUCCGUGGAUGGGUGAUGGCGAGCUUGUGUUUUGCUCAGAAGGCUGUUCUGGCCCCUAUGGUGCGGGUGGGCUCUCUGCCCAUGAGGCUGCUGGCCCUGGACUAUGGAGCAGAUAUUGUGUACUGUGAGGAGCUGAUUGACAUCAAAAUGGCCCAGUGUGAGAGAGUGGUAAACGAUGUUUUGGAGACGGUUGAUUUUGUUGCUCCAGAUGAGCGUGUGAUGUUUCGCACCUGCAGUAAAGAGGAGGGCCGUGUGGUCUUCCAGAUGGGAACGGCCGAUCCGGAGAGAGCGCUGGCUGUGGCUAAACUCGUGGAAAGCGAUGUGGCGGCUGUGGAUGUGAAUAUGGGCUGUCCCAAAGAAUACUCUACAAAGGGAGGAAUGGGUUCGGCGCUUCUCUCUGACCCUGAGAAAAUUGAAGCUAUACUAAGCACUCUUGUGAAUGGAAUUUCAAAACCGGUUACGUGUAAAAUCAGAAUCCUUUCUACACUUGAGGACACAGUGAAUUUAGUGAAGAGAAUUGAAAAAACAGGAGUGGCGGCCAUAGCGGUGCACGGCAGGAUGAAAGAAGAGCGACCGCGGCAUCCAGUCCACUGUGAUUAUAUCCAGGCCGUGGCUGAGAGUGUGUCCAUACCCGUCAUCGCCAAUGGAGGCUCUUCGGACAUGGUGAAGACAUUCGAGGACAUCGAGAGGUUUCGAGAGGCGACAGGAGCGUCGUCUGUCAUGCUGGCUCGGGCCGCCAUGUGGAACCCCUCCAUCUUCCGGCAGCAGGGGGCGCUGUCUGUGGAGGAGGUGAUGGAGGAGUACAUCAGAUAUGCUGUUCGUUAUGACAAUAACCCGUUUAACACCAAAUACUGCUUGUGCCAGAUGCUCAGAGACAGAGUUGAGUCUCCGUUUGGAAAACGGUUGCAUGCAGCUCAGACCAGCGAAGAAAUAUGUGAGGUGUUUGGCAUGACUGACUUCUACAACAAGACCAGAGCUGAACUGGAGGCCAGAAAAGCUGCUCUGCAGACCAACGGCGAUCAGCCGCAGCUCCCGCGACUGGAGGAGGGUGUCCUCACAAUGCCUGUCCGCUUCGAAAGGCGAGAUUACCCUCCUCAGAUCACGCCAAAGAUGUACCUGCUGGAGUGGAGCCGCAAGGAAAAGCUUGAUCAACCUGUAUAUGAGACGGAACAGCGAACUCAAGAUCGAGCUUUUCAGUCUACGGUUAUCUUGGACAAUAAGAAGUACCGCUCUACUCUGUGGGAGAAAUCAAAGAAGUUCGCAGAGCAGGCUGCGGCUAUAGUGUGUUUACGCAGUCUGGGGCUUCCAGAGGGUAGAAUCGGAGAGGAGCACAGCGGACUGGUAAAUAAACGCAAGAGGGACGAUAAAAAAUGUGCAGCAUUAGAUGCCAAUGAGUCAGCAGCACGAAAGAGACAUAUAAGUGAAGUCCCACAGGAAGAGGAAGAGGAAAUGAUAUGCAGGACGAAAGUUGUGAAUGGUGUCUGUGGUCAGACCACACGUUAACAUUAGCCAAACACCAUCUGAACUCACUAUUAAAGACAUGCAUUCCCUUUCAUUAAAGUGCAGAGUGCAGUUUUAUCUGACAAAUAUGGGUGCACUUUGUAUUUGCCUUUCAUGUUUGUUAAAUUCAGUGUUCCAAGUGCCAUCUCUCUUAUUGCACACUAGUGCUGGUUUCUUAUUUGCUUUAUGCUACUGUUUUUGCCUGGAAGAAUGAUGAGAUUUUUAUUAAACACACUUUUAAAAUUAUGGUUGACGGAUUUCCACCCUUCACCAGAAGGGUGCAGUGUAUCUCCAAGUACUGACUGUACAAGGAAGUACCAGAAGUGCCAAAACAUUUCAUAAAGCUUUAUUUAUUUUAGGUGUUUUUUUCUUUGUUUUUUGUUUUCAGCAUUAUUGUGAAAUAAACCAUUUUAACUAUG